AUGACUGAUAGCGACGAUGAAGUUCCUCAGUUAAGCGGAGCAGCAUUGGCUGCAUUAGAAGAAUUUUACGCUGAACGUCGAGAGAGAGAAGAACAAGUAAAUAAAACGUUGACUAAUGUAAAUAAUCAAACACCAGAUAUUGUUUUUGAUGAAGAUUGGCAAUUAAGUCAAUUCUGGUAUGACGAUGAAACAGUUGAUACAAUUACGAAAGCAGCUCUUCGAAUUACUGACAAAAAUGGAAAAAUAGCUCUUAUUUCAUGCCCAACUUUAUAUAGAGCGUUGAAAAAGAAUGCAGGAAGUAGACAAAUAAAAAUCUUCGAAUAUGAUACAAGGUUUUCUGUAUAUGGAUCAGAUUUCAUUCCGUUUGAUUAUAAAUUUCCACUUCAUGUGCCCAAAGAAAUGGCUAGCGAUUUUGACCUCGUAAUUGCAGACCCACCGUUCUUAUCAGAAGAAUGUCUUACUAAAACUGCAGUGACAAUUAAGUUUUUAUCGAAAAAAAAUAUUCUUUUAUGUACAGGUUCAAUGAUGGCUGACUUAGCAGAAAGACUUUUAAAUGUAAAUAAAUGUGAUUUUCAACCGCAUCACAAAAACAAUCUGGCAAAUGAGUUUUCAUGCUAUGCUAAUUUUGAUUUCGACAAAUUUUUGAAAUAA